AACAAGAUGGCGGAGAGUGCGGAAUUGAAGCAAAUGGUGAUGAGCCUCCGCGUCUCAGAGCUUCAGGUUCUUCUGGGAUAUGCAGGCCGCAACAAGCAUGGACGAAAACAUGAACUCUUGACCAAAGCGAUACACUUGUUAAAAGCCGGCUGCAGCCCCGCCGUGCAAAUGAAGAUCAAGGAGCUUUAUCGUCGGCGCUUCCCAACAAAGAUGGUGUCCCCAACAGACCUCUCGCUCUCUGGUAUUCACUCCAGCUCUGGAGGGGCUUCUGCAGGCCUGGCUGCCAGCCUAACCCAGCUGGGAUUUGAUGGGCAUGGCUCACCCUCUCUACUACCUGUCACACUGCUUGGGCCAAAGCAUGAGCUUGGCCUGCCCCACCUGCCCUCCACCCUUCAUCCAGUCCAUCCAGACGUUAAGCUCCAAAGGCUGCCAUUCUACGAUGUGCUUGAUGAGCUGAUCAGGCCCACAAGUUUAGCCUCAGACAAUAAUCAAAGAUUUCAGGAAACAUGUUUUGCGUUUGCACUAACGCCUCAGCAAGUUCAGCAGAUCAGCAGUUCAAUGGACAUCUCUGGGACCAAAUGUGACUUCACCGUUCAAGUACAGCUGAGGUUUUGCUUAUCAGAGACAAGUUGUCCUCAGGAAGACCAUUUCCCACCCAAUCUUUGUGUGAAAGUGAAUGGAAAACCCUGUAACCUCCCUGGAUACCUUCCUCCGACCAAAAAUGGAGUGGAGCCAAAGCGACCUAGCAGACCCAUCAACAUUACCUCCUUGGUUAGAUUGUCUACAACAUUCCCUAACACCAUCGUUGUGUCGUGGACGUCAGAAAUUGGAAGGAGUUACUCCAUGGCAGUUUACCUGGUCCGACAGCAGUCCUCCACAGUUUUGCUACAGAGAUUACGAUCGAAAGGCAUUAGAAACCCAGACCACUCUAGAGCACUCAUCAAAGAAAAGCUUACUGCUGACCCUGACAGUGAGAUUGCCACCACCAGCCUGCGAGUCUCCUUGCUCUGUCCGCUUGGGAAGAUGCGGCUGAUGAUUCCCUGCCGAGCACUCACCUGCUCACACCUGCAGUGCUUUGAUGCUACACUCUAUAUACAGAUGAAUGAGAAGAAACCCACAUGGGUGUGUCCGGUCUGCGACAAGAAAGCCCCAUAUGAGCAUCUUAUUAUUGACGGAUUAUUCAUGGAGAUUCUGAGCAGUUGUCUGGACUGUGAUGAGAUCCAGUUUAAAGAGGAUGGCAGUUGGGCUCCUAUGAGAUCCAAGAGGGUGGUACAGGAAGUGUCAGCCUCGUCAAACGGUAUUGAAGACUCUUGUCAGUCGGUUGUGUCAGACCACAGAAACAGUUCGUCCCACAGCAAUAGCAGUAACAAGGUGGAGGUUAUUGACCUGACGCUGGACAGCUCCUCAGACGAUGAGGAUGAUGAUGAUAAUGAUGAGCCUCCACUUAAAAGAACCUGUCCAUCCCUAUCACCCACCUCCCCACCUGCCAGCAAAGGGGUGUUAAAUCUGCACCAUCAGGCAUCUCCACUGGCACGAGCUCCCAGCAUGCCUCCAGUGGAAACAAACUAUAUCCCUCCACCACCUCCUCUCAUCCAGGACUACCGUCACUAUUACCACACACCCAGUGACCUGUCAGAUCUGAAUUUCUUCUCAUUUUUACAAGGGGACAAUCACCAGCAUUAUAACAUGGUCAUGGCUGCUGCAGCCGCUGCCUCAGCCUCCGCGUCAGCAUCAGAUGACCAUGAGCUACUGCUGAACCGCUUUAUGCCCUAUGGCUCCUCCCAGCUUUUCCUGGAGCAAUCGGGGACGCCUGCGAGCAGCUCGCUAGUCCCUGCCAAUGGGAGCGGAGGCAGUAGCAGUGGAAGCAGCAGCAGUCUGGUGUCCUCCAGCAGCAUGAGAGACAGCCACCCACACAGUAAUGCCUCUCGCUCACGGCCUGACGCUGCCGCCUCCGUUAUAUACGGCUCCAUCCCUGAUGUCAUUUCACUGGACUGACCACACUGGGGCACCCCACAAACAGACUAGACUUCAUUACAAACAGCUGGAGGGUGGAGAAGCAGCCUUGUGGACUCAAUGAUAGGAUUUAGAAAUUAUUGAGAUGGAAGGAUGGAAAAAAAGAACCAAGACUUUUGUAAAGAGAAGAAUAAAAUUGCUGUGUACAGAGAAGAAAAAUCUAUUUUCAGUUUUACUUUUGUAUAUAAACAAUAGGACGCUGCUUAACCAGUCAGUGACUUCAGUCGGAAUUUUCUCCACGUACACUGAAGAUGUUUUUCACUGCCCCCUGUGUUCUGUGAUUAUCUUAAUAGGUACCUUUUAUACUUUUUUGCUAUUUUAUUUCACCUCAAUUAAUUAUUUCAGACACAAUAAUUUUUUUCAUGUCUGGGCAUGAGACUCUUGCCCUCAGCCGUUGUUUCAACGAUGAGGGAACAGUAUAUUAUUUAAUGCCAUUAUCCUGUGCAGGUAAUUUAUUAUUGCUUUUAAGUUAUGUUGGAUGUAUGGUGUACAGAAGCAUUCCCUUACAUCAACACAGAGUCUAGCCACGACAUGUUUGAAGAGUCAACAGAGGUCACGUAUUAUUUCAUUCGCACAUUCUCCUCAUCAUUUACCACAUUAAGUAUCCAUAAAGUGGAGUUAUGUUUAAAGAAAUCAGUUUCCAGAUUUGUUGGUUAUUACCUGAGGUGAACUCAGGUUCUCACAAUCUUAAGUCAUUUGAUGUUGCUUGUCUGGACUAACCCUCAAAAGAUUAGGUGAGGCUCACAAUAUUAGCGCUGAAAAUGUCAGACACUAUUGCAUACCUCAUUGAGACAGGAACAUUUCCGAGGUGUAACACCACAUGCCUGCAGACCUUUAAAUUGAAACUUUAUUUAAAUUUAAAGCUUACAUGUUAGCCUCAUCUUUAUAAGCUAUUCCCUAGUUUCCAACUAUUAUACACUUGUUGCUUUUUGCAAUUCAUUUUUCAAUUAAGUGGUUUGAUCUAUUUAGAUCUAGAUUUAUCUUUGGUUAAAUAAAAUUAUGUAGCUUCCUGAAGAGGAUGUUGAUGGAUCUACUGCAUUCUGACUCUGUCAACUGUGAUGAUCAAUCUUUCUUGUCUAGAUCUCCAGGAAUACACUCAUUUCUGUUAAUAAAUUAAAUGUCUGUAAGUGGAAAGAAUCAGAUGAGAAUACCCCGAGUUCCUGGUUUGUCAUUAGCACAGCAAAAAUCUUGAUUUAAGGUAUGGCUACAUGCACUCGCCUAAAUUGAAUCCUUUUUCGGUCUGGUGUCCUCUGUCUCUGAAUGGCCCAUCUUAAAUGUCAAGAGCAUCAUGUUCCUUUUGAAAUGUCAUUUUUCUCAAGGUCUGUGUAGCCUCACUGUCAAAAGCCUAAAUAGGCUACAACAAGAUUUAAAUCAAUUGUAGUUUGAACCAUCAUACAACCAUAAUAAUUGAGUCUAUUAAUUGAGCUUUACAGAUUUUCAAAGUGUGUUUAGAAGGUGACCUUAUUUCAACAUAAUAUGUGCUGUCUGUUUUUGUCUGUAUAAAAUUGAAUUUAUUUAUUUUAUCUAUAUAUUAUAUUUUUACUAUUUGUUCGAUCAUGCAUUACUGUCUUGCAUUUAUUUCAUAAUUAUUUCAUGAGUUCUUAACACUUGCUUUGCAUUGUACAAUUAUCUAAUUCUGGCAUUGUCUCAUUUUCUCAUAUUUGUACUAUAUGGGACACCUGAGGCAUUAAUUCCACAAUCUUACUGGCUGUGUCCAACUAUUGUUGAAAUUAAACAAUUUAAAGGAUAAAAGCCAGCUCAGUGUCCAUAUACUCUGGCUCAGUUAUUUUUGAAUGACCUAUGCAUUGGAUUGUAAUGGGUUUUUGAUGAGAGUUAGCACAUACUUUUAAUCACAGUAACUUGAACAGAACUGUUCACUAACUUUAGUAAAUUAAUAUUUCUAAGUGAUUUUGUCACAGAGCAAAUGUUAAACUGAGUUUCAAAAUAACAUAAUUGGAUUAAUUUGUGCUGAGUUACUUGGCACAGACUUCAGAUAGCCACCAUUUGCCAUUUUCUUGCACUGAAAUCAUGAAUUUCAGGUGCCCCCUGAAUCCCCACAUCUAUCUUUCCUAGAAGUAUACCACUAGACAGUCGGCUGUACCAGUAACUGGCAAGCAUGAACUCUCGGCCUUAAGUUCUUAACUGUAUGCUACGCUAUGAGAGAAACCUUUAUGUACUGGAAAAACCAAUACCAGUUUAUAUAAAAUAUUAUAUGAAUUAUUUAUUAUUUGAAUUGGGAUACAUUGUUUACCUAAUGAAUGUUACUUGUUUAUGUAGAGAGCGAUUUAGCUGUAAUA